UCUAUCGUCCCAAGGAAAACGUACUCAGAGGUUGUUAAACACCGCAAAAUUAGCUCAUCCGGGGAAGAACGGGACAAAAGAAAAAGACUCUGAAAAAAUCGGCUGCAAAUGAUCCGAUGUUUGUAAAUGGUGCAAUCGUCUGUAAAUGACGCGUUUGAGAAAAUAGUUAACCAAGUGCGAAUGGAUUUCUGCAUUCUCAGGCCUGUAAGUAAUAAUAUCAACAGAGGUUAUACAAGCUACCCAACAAGAGCAAGGCAUUCCGUUAUUGCAGGAGGACACUUCAAUUUUGGUGCCCUGCAAUUGUCAUUCAUCCCCAGAUGUUGCAAAUCCAGACUUUUUGGGGAGUUGGAUAUCUCUAAGUUUGCUAAAGUUGUGAGCAGAAACUUAAGAAAGGGAACUUGUGGGUGUGCUAGAUAUGAUGGGUUUACAGUUUCACCUCUCCCACAUGGAGCCACAGAAGAGGAUGCUCAAUACAUGAGAAUGUGUGUAAGUAUUGCAAGGAAGGCACUAGGCUGCACCUCUCCCAAUCCCAUGGUUGGUUGUGUGAUUGUCAAGGAUGGACAAAUUGUGGGUCAAGGAUUCCAUCCAAAAGCAGGAGAACCUCAUGCUGAGGUUUUUGCACUACGGGAAGCAGGCACAAUGGCUGAAGGAGCCACUGCUUAUGUGAGCCUAGAGCCAUGCAAUCACUACGGGAGAACUCCUCCAUGUACUCAAGCACUGAUUCGAUCAAAAGUAAGACGUGUGGUGGUGGGUAUGGUGGAUCCAAAUCCAAUUGUGUCAUCCCAGGGUGUGGCAACACUAAGAAAUUCGGGAAUUGAUGUAAUAGUUGGUGUGGAAGAACAUUUAUGCCAGAGCUUGAAUGAAGCAUAUAUCUAUCGUAUUCUAACAGGGAAGCCUUUUGUUGCAUUGAGGUUAUCAAUGUCAUUGGAUGGUGGAAUGCUAGAUUAUCUUGGAGAUGGUGCAGUUGAGGAAGGGGGUUACUAUUCGGAACUGUUAAAGGAAUACGAUGGUGUAAUUGUUUCAGAUUAUGUGUUAUUUGAUAAUCCAACACUUCUUUCUUCUGAAGCGGGGGCAAAGCAGCCUCUGAGGAUAGUACUUACCAGAAAAUUUGACUUUCCUAUUGAUUCAUUUAUUUUUAACACUAAUCUUUCUCCAACCUUGGUGUUAGCAGAUGAGAGAGCUUUUGUAGAUGAUGUCCAGAAUGCUGGAAAACAAAGUGUUCAAUCUAUGGAGAUGCUUCUGAGACAAAAGGGGGUGGACAUUAUCAUACUGAAGAGGCUAGAUUUUGAUUCAAUCCUUGAGGUCUGUAAUCAACGUGGCUUAUGCUCUGUUCUGCUUGAAUCAAAAGGUUUAGCAUCUUUUGGCAGUGAGAACUUCUUUGGCAAGCAGGCUUUGGAGGAUGAAGCUGUUCAGAAAUUAAUAAUAGCAAUUUGUCCUUUUAUAUCUGGUAUAAAGAAGACUCGAUUAAAUUUUAAUAUUCCUCCCAGCAAAUUGAACAGAUUAACAACAAGAAUGUCGAAGGAUGUAGCAUUGGUUGAGGGAUGCUUCCUGAAGGAUUUCUGUUACACUGGGCAUGGGAGAGUACACUGAUGGAUCUUUCAUAUCAUAAACCAAAAGGGUCAGGAGAUACUUGUUCAGUGUGAACAUGUUUGUUAAUGAACAAUUUUAAAUCAAACAUUUUUUCAAGUUGAAAUGUAAAUUUUAAAAUAGUGGUGAUUGUUAUUGCAUAUUAUAAUCCUAUAAUGUUGGAUCUUCUAUGAAUGAAGGUUACUGUUAUGAGGUAAA